AUGAAAAGUAAGUAAUAAUUAAUAGAAAAAGGAUGCAUAUUGAUCUGAAUUACCGGGAAUUUGCAUCCCUUAUGCCCUAUGAAUGAACAAUGAAAGUAUAAAGGCAGGGCGGGCAUGGAAUGUCAAUACAUCAUAAAGGCUCUGUGAGACUGGGAGUGAGGUGAGAGUCCUCUCUAUUGACACCCCUUUUAGGAUAUCAAUGAAUUCAACGGCAAAGUCAUCAAAUUCACUUCAUCCAUAACAGCACCAUAGGAUGAAUUACACAAUUACUUUCACACCGAAGGUCCGAAACCUGCCUCCAUUCCCUAGCCAUUUAUCUAUCGCGACCGACAAUAUGGAGGGCCUGAUUCACGACCCCCAGCAACCCACCAAGGCGGACCACAAGCCAACUCGCCCCUGGCCUUGGCCAUGGAACACCAUCAACGCCCUCCUGCCAAGUCCCAUCACCGGAUCCUGGCCGCAAUCUUCACCUCAUCGAACAGCCUACCUGGACGGCCUCCGAGGCCUCGCCUCCCUCGCCGUAGUCCUCUCCCACACUCUAGGCAAAACAAACGAAGACCUCAACCUCCCCUACGGCGUCACCCCUCCCACAUCUCCGCCAUCAUCAACAGGCAAAUCCCCCCUCAAGCUCCCCUUCAUCCGCCUCCUCCACGCAGGGAACGCAGCCGUGGCCAUCUUCUUCGUCGUCUCAGGCCACACCCUCUCCCACCGCAUCCUCCGCCGCGCAAGGGCAAGGGACUACUCAUACUACGCCCCCCUGAGCGCCGACCUCUCCUCCUCCGUCCUCCGCCGCGCCGCCCGCCUCCUUCUCCCCACCGUAUUCUCCUCGUGUCUGGUAGCGAUCCUCGCCCAGCUCGGCGCCUUCGAGCACGCCAUCCCGUCCCCCGAAACCGUCUACCUCAUCUUCGCCAAGCGGAUGGCCUCCCUGACCGCCCAGCUCGGGUACUGGUGGACAAGGGAAAUCUGGCGCCAACUGCUCGCGCCGUGGCCGGGACCCCUGGAGACGGUAAACCUGGCCUACGGGUACCAGCUCUGGACCAUCCCGGUGGAGCUGUGGUGUUCGUUCCGGCUGUUCCUGCACCUCCUCGCCCUGUCGCGCGUGCGCACCCGUGCGAGGAUGUUCCUGGUCGGUGUAUCCGCGGCAUACCACAUCGCUCACGCGCGGUGGGACGUAUUCCUCUUCCUCGCGGGGAUGCUCACCGCAGAACUGCAACUCAUCGCCCCCGUGUCAACGUCGUCGCCGUCCUCUUCCCCCGUCCUGUCCGGGUUCGCCGGCCGCGUCGCUUUCUCCCCGAAAAGGAAACUCCAGUCUUUCGCCCUCCUGGUGGUAGGUCUCUUCCUCAUGAGCGAACCGGAAACGUACCCGGACAAGUCCCCCUUCUGGGCGUUCCUCAACCGGUUCGUCCCGGCGUCGUUCGGACCGCAGAGUCCCGAUCGGUUCUGGAACGCCGUCGGCGCGCCGCUCGCCGUCUACGCUGCGGGGGAUCUGGGGUUUGUGCGCUCCGUGCUCGAGUCGCGCGCGGCUCAGUACCUGGGACGCAUAUCCUUUGGGCUUUAUCUUGUCCAUAACGCCGUUUUUUGCAGCCUGGGCGCAUGGCUUCUGGGGUUCGAGUCUAUUAAUGGGAAUUUGGCCAUCUUGGUCGUGGUGUUGCCUGUUGCGCUUUGGGUUGGAGAGCUAUUCAGCCGGUUUUUUGAUGAACCUGUCGUCAGACUUGUCAAGUGGGCUGAGAAACAAUGUCUGGUGGACGAGACGGGGUGAGAAGGAUUUCACGACAAGGCCGACAUUUGUUUGACCGGCCCUAAGCGGUGAUUCGUUGAGGUAUUCGGGACUGAGCGAGGAGGACUAUGUUAUAGAAUUGA